CUUUGCAGCGCAGAAAUCAACCCCCAGCUCCAGCUCCCUUCGUCCUCAAUCCCUUCUCUCUGUAUAUAUACCCUUCCAGUCUUAUCUUCCACUCUCAUUAACUUCUCUCCAAUUAUCCUCUCUCUUUCUCUCUCACUCUCUCUCUCUCGAUUUCUUCAGCUUUCUGUAGAUUUAUUAGAACUCCCCUUGAGCUUGAUUACUGUUUCUCUGCCUUGUGUUUCGACAAAACUUGAACUUGAGCUCAGAAAUGGCGAAUCAAGACGAAGUUACGGCCCUGGAACUCAUCAGACAUCAUCUUCUCGGAGAGUUCUCUCCUUUAGUUUGUAAGACCGACUCACUAUUCUUAUCUUCGGACUGUAAAACGGAUUCUGUCCAUUCUCAAACGGAGAGUUCCGAUUCUUCGAUGACGAUAUUCGAUUUCCUGAACUCCAAUAAAGGAGCUGAUAGCAGUGAUGAUUGUUUGAAUUUCGUCUCCAUUCCCAAUUUGAUCAGUUUCGGGCAAAGCCAAACGGAUUUUUCCGAUUACGAGGCAAAGCCGCAAGUGAUUGAUCUGACGACGCCAAAGGCGGAGAGUUUGAUCGCUCGGAAGCCGUCGUUGAAGAUCGAUUUGCCGCCGGUGAAGAAAUUCGAGUUGUUGGAGUUCGGUGAACCGGCUAAGUUCACCGUUUCGGAGCAGCAAUCCGAGAGUACGGAGGGGAGGCGGCACUACAGAGGCGUGCGACGGAGGCCGUGGGGAAAGUUCGCGGCCGAGAUCCGAGAUCCGAAGCGGCGAGGGUCUAGGGUUUGGUUGGGGACAUUCGACACUGCUAUUGAUGCCGCUAGGGCCUACGAUCGCGCCGCCUUCCAGAUGCGAGGCAGCAAAGCGAUUCUCAAUUUCCCUCUCGAGGUUAGCAAGUGGAAAAAUGCCUCCUCGACGGCCGUCCCAGUCCCGGACGGCGGCCAGAAGAGGCGCAGGGAAGCCGAAGCGGUGACGGAGCAAAGGCCGAUUAAGAAGGAAAAGUCGCCGGAGCACGAUGAUUCGGCAGAAAGCACCCUGACUACGGGUCCAUUAACGCCGUCAAUGUGGAUGCCGGCGUGGGAUCAAAAUGGCGAUAGCAUGUUUAACUGCCCGCUGCUGUCGCCGUUAUCUCCCCAUCCAUUGAUGGGCUUUCCCCAACUCAUGGUCAUCUAAACAAGAAAACUUCAUCUUCACCAACUUUGAGCUGUAGUGAUCCUUGUUUUAUACAAGGACGCCGAUCAUCUAUAUCCUUUCGUCGUACAAUUUCCCUUCACCGUUUGCUUUGCUUCAACAAGUUUUCAGUACAUCUAUUUUCAUAA